AUGGACCUGAGCGCGGCCGCCGCGCUGUGCCUCUGGCUGCUGAGCGCCUGCCGGCCCCGCGACGGGCUCGAGGCGGCCGCCGUGCUGCGAGCGGCGGGGGCAGGGCCGGCCCAGAGUCCGGGGGGCGCUCGGACCCUCGCCCCGGCAGCCGGAGAUACCGCUAUCCCGGCCCUCGCCGCGGCGGCGGUGCCCGGGGUCCGCGCUGCGCGUCGCGCCGCCGGCAUGGGCUUCAGGAACGGCUCGAUCGUGCCACACCAGUUCAUGCUGUCGCUUUACCGUAGCCUGGCCGGGAAGGGGGCUCCAACCUCGGGUCCCGGCCACCACGGCCGCGCAGAUACCAUCACCGGCUUUGCGGAUCAGGCGACUCCAGAAGAGUCUGCAGCAGAGACGGGCCAGAGCUUUGUGUUCGACGUGUCCAGCCUCCCGGACGUCGACGAAGUGGUGGCCGCGGAGCUUCGAGUGCUGCGCAGGGCCCCGAACCCUGGAAGCGCCAGCUCUGCAUGGUCACUGCAGCUGCUGCUACUGCUGUCCACCUGCCCGGGAGCCCCCCGCACGCCGCGCCUGCUGCAUUCGCGGGCCGCAGACUCGCACCCGCAGCCGGGCGAGCGCUGGGAGGUGUUCGACGUGGCGGACGCGUUGCGGGGCCACCGGCGGGAACCGCGCACCGGCCGUGCGUUCUGCUUGCGGCUGCGUGCGGUGGCCGGUCCUGCGCGGGACCCCCUGUCUUUGCGGGGUUUGGGCUUCGGGUCUCUUGGAAGUGGCAGCAACGGGGAGGUGUCCGAGGAGCGCGCCCUGCUCGUGGUGUCCUCCCGCACGCAUAGAAAGGACAGCCUAUUCCGGGAGAUUCGCACCCAGGCUCGCCGAGCCCUGGGAGCCGCGCUAGGCGCCGAUCCAUCUCCCGAAUCGGACCCCGGCUUCAGGGUGCCCCCCACGAUGGCCCUGAGCGGCCGCAGGCGACGACGGACGGCGGUGAAUGGGGUGCGGGGGGCCCCAAGUAGCGGGAGCGCAGGCCGGGGACACGGACGACGUGGCCGGAGCCGCUGCAGCCGCAAACCGUUACAUGUAGACUUCAAGGAGCUGGGCUGGGACGACUGGAUCAUCGCGCCGCUGGACUACGAGGCUUACCACUGCGAGGGCGUGUGCGACUUUCCUCUGCGUUCUCACCUGGAACCCACCAACCAUGCCAUCAUCCAGACGUUGCUUAACUCAAUGGCACCCGAUGCGGCCCCCGCGUCCUGCUGCGUGCCCGCGCGCCUUAGCCCCAUCAGCAUCCUCUACAUCGAUGCGGCCAACAACGUGGUCUACAAGCAGUAUGAGGACAUGGUGGUGGAGGCGUGUGGCUGCAGGUAG